ACUGCAGACACAGUACAGGAGAUGACCAGAGACUGCGGACAUAGUACAGGAGAUGACCGGACUGCGGACAUAGUACAGGAGAUGACCAGAGACUGCGGACAUAGUACAGGAGAUGACCAGAGACUGCGGACAUAGUACAGGAGGAGAAGACCAGAGACUGCAGACAGUACAGAAGAUGACCAGAGACUGCAGACAGUACAGGAGAAGACCAGAGACUGCUGACAGUACAGGAGCAUACCAGAGACUGUUGGCAGUACAGGAGAUGACCAAGAGACUGCGG